CCGUGAAAGACACACCUCAGCAAGUGGAUCUCUGUGCUUUGAGGUGGCUGGGACUCCCACAGGAGGUGGCAAAGUGAUGGCGAACCAUGAAGACGAAAUUAGACAGCUGAGAUAUCUAGAAGCUGCUAAUUCUGAAGAAGAAUACAAUGAGGAGAAUGACAUACAGUCAGAAAGCUCCAGAGGGCAAGCAUUUUUCCCUGGACAUCUGCGAGGGAGAGGACACAGACGUGACAGUAGGGGAAGAAAUGGCCAUUUUUUCAGACAAAGAUUUUCAGCAAAUCAUCCUCUACUUCAUCUGACAAGACAAGUCAACCUAGAAAGUCUAACAAGGAGGAAUGGAAACCAAUCAGAAGAGAGACAGCUACAACAAGAAAGAAUCCAAUUGUUCUUCAGGAGUUUACAUGGCCUCUCCCAAUCUCAUGACCACCACAUUGGCAGAUCUCAUGGCCACGAUUCCAGAAGAUCACGUAAUCGAUUCAGGAGAGCUCCUGUUCAGUCAGAGAGAUCUCAUGUCUACUCAGGUAGAACUAAUAACUAUACAGAUAGACCACACCAUGACCUCUCAGAUAGACCACACAAUCAACUCUCAGUGAGACCACAUCCUGACCUCUCAGGUAGACCACUUCAUGACUACUCAGGUAGACCACAUCAAAAUCAUGCAGUUAGGCUUCAACAUGGCCACUCAGAUAGAUAUCAUCUUACCCAUACAGAGAGAGUUCUUCCUAACAACUCAGGGAUAGCUCAUCCUGGCCACACAGAGAGAGAUAAUCAAGUCCAAAGAGGGAGAGCUCAUGAUAACCAAUCAGGAUUAGCUCAUCACAACCAUGAUGGCAGAUCUCAUCAUGACCACUCAGGGAGAGCUUAUCACGGCCAUGCAAGGAGAGCUCAUAACAACCAGUCAUGGAGAUCUGAUAACAACCAGUCAUGGAGAGAUCUUAACCAGUCAUGGAGAGGUCAGAACAACCAGUCACAGAGAGGUCAUGACAACCAGUCACAGAGAGGUCAUGACAACCAGUCACGUAGAGGUCAUGACAACCAGUCACAGAGAGGUCAUGACAACCAGUCACAGAGAGGUCAUAAUGAUCAGUCAUGGAGAGCUCAUAACAUCCGGUCACGGAGAGAUCGUUAUCACACCUCAUUGAGAUCUAGUAGCAUCCAGUCAUGGAUGCUUCAUGAAAGAGAAAGAUACCAUGGUCCAAGAGGAAGAAAUGGACCAAGGGAUGCAUCACCACCAGGAUCUGAGCCAGAAAUUGACAGAUCGUCUGCAAUAAGAGAAAGGACUGACUAUUUAUGGGUACAGGAACAUCGAAGAAAUGAGACAGUUGAACUGAAUGUAGCGCUAGAAGACGGCUACAGCAGUGCUGAAGAGAGUGAUGAAAGUUUUGACAGACUAACCUGUCGCUCCAUGCUAGAUACACUAUACUAAGGAAUCUUCGAGAAGCCAGGAUGAGCAAUAAUAGAAUGAGAAGACCUGAAGACUAAACUGCCUUUUCCUUCGGGCGUUGGCAGCUAGCUAAUUGCACUGAACCACACUUGAGAGCAUACGUACAUUCAUAUAAUGUUCGAGUUUGGACUGUUCUUGUUAAUGUACUUUCUUAGGAUUAAAUGUCAGGAUUCUGUUCAUACUAAGCUAUUUGAAGAAAAAGUGUUUAGUACUGUUUGCAUAAAAGAACAAGGAGAUGAGCAAGAUGAAUGCUGGUUUCAAUGGGGUUGUUUUAAGAAAUCAGCUAUUUUCAGAAUACAUGGGAUUUUUUUUUUCAAUGUUAGAGAAACUGUGUAAUUUACCAUAAUCCUUAAGCUCUGGAACCCAUACAAGUGAUAAGAAGGUUUUAUGCACAAAAGCAAUCCAUGUGAAUGACUUCAACUGUAUGAGUAUUACACUAGUAAGCUUUUUUUUUUCUUUUCCAUUUUACUGUAACAUGAAAGGCAACUUAAUUUUUUCUUACUUUUGUCAGAAUUCUACAUGUAACUUUUUUAUUGUUGGAUUUGCAAACACAUGAAAUUCAAUAAAGAGUUGUGAACAUUGUUA